AUGGUUAGAUUCAUAGACGAAAAGUUCUUGUACGAUGAAGGUGAAAUAUUUGCUGAGACAAUAUUGCCGUCUGCCUUUGCCAUCCAGCAUGCUACUAAGAACGAAAACUUUCUACUUGUACACCACCUUCUUGCCGCAGGUGCUGUGGUAGACUCAAGGAUCACAAUAAAUCAUGGUGAUACACCUCUUCAGAUAGCAGCGAGGUUGGGCAAUAUGAAGUUGGUAUCUCUUCUUCUGGCCUGUAAUGCCGAUGUUAAUGCUCCUGCUGGACAAUACAAUGGUCGAACAGCAGUACAGGCUGCGGCAGAAAGCGGAAGUCUUGAGAUUAUACAAAUGUUAAUCCAUGCUGGUGCCAACAUAAAUGCGUCGCCAGGCCGGAUGAAAGGCCGAACGGCGCUUCAAGCUGCCUUAGAAAAAGGCCAUAUGAAGGCAGCAAAACUUCUGCUACUUUCUGGUGCAGAUGUCAACGCCAAACCCUGCUUUACUGACGGGCUGACGGCAUUUCAAGCAGCUGUCACCUUUGGAGACAUUGGAAUUCUUCAAGAAUUGCUAAGUUAUGGAGCAGAUAUCAAUGCAGCUGCAGGGCCGAAACGGGGCGUAAGUGCUUUGCAUGCAGCUGCUGAACAGAGGAAUAUUGAGCUUUUGGAUUUUCUCAUCCAAGUAGGAGCUGAUGUUCAUGCACUGCCGUCGAGGGACUGCAAUCAGACAGCCUUGCAGUGUGCAGCUGCCAUGGACUGGAUGGAGGGCAUACGGCUAUUACUGCGCUACAAUCCAGAUGUUCGCAUGCUCCCUCCAUAUUUUCCGGGGUAUUCAGCACUGGGUUGGGCUAUUCACAACAGCAACUGUGAUAUGGUAGUUCUAUUGUUAGAUCACGGUGCUAGUCCCAAUGAUCCAGUCACGAAAGAUCAAUUUGAACCCCAAACCGCUUUCAUUCAGGCACUUAGUCGUCCUAAUUCUUCCGAGAUCGUCGAGCUCUUGUUAAAAAGAGGUGCCGACAUCAAUCAAUCUUGGCGAUAUAUGACAGCCUUAGAUGUUGCGAUUGGGGCACAUCCUGCGAACGUUAAAGCCGUGCGUACAAUUAUUGACCACAUAUCACAAACAUCCGAAAAUCGUUCUGAUGACAUGUUAAAAAAGUCUUUAGCAUGGAUGAAAGUUGAGUGUGGCACACCAGUGGAUAUCGAACUGCUUCAACUGCUACUUGAUGCAGGUGCUGACAUAAACGCCAAGAAUUUCGACGACCAGACGACGAUAUUGCAGAAGUCCACAAAGUGCGGUCACGUCGAAGUUGUUCACAUCUUACUACAGAAUGGAGCCGAAGUGAAUAUACCAGCCACCAGGUCCGUAGGAACACCCCUGCAAGAGGCCAUUAAAGAACAAAAAACAGAAAUUGCAGAUAUUCUUCUCAAAAAUGGUGCGGAAGUCAACGCACCUCCAGCGGAGACGUUUGGAGUAACUGCACUCCAAGCUGCCGCUAUUCGUGGUUACGUUCCACUCGCUUUGGAACUUCUGGAGCGCGGUGCCGACGUGACUGCUGACCCAGCGCCAGAUUAUGGCCGAACAGCAAUCGAUGGAGCUGCCGAACAUGGUCAUCUAGACAUGUUACAGCUGCUUUUGAACGCUUAUGGUGAUCAAGACGGAUUAGCAUCAGUAUGUGAUCAGGCCGCAGGCUUUGCAGAGAGUGAAGGUCAUGCAGCCAUUGCGAAAUGGCUUAGGAGCUAUACGGCUUCUUGA